CCAAGCAUCUUAAAUCACAUUUUUGAGUUUUAAAAAGCUUCGUCCAGUAACCACAGAGGUGAUACAUGCAUAAAAUAUAUAAUAUUUCGCGAGGAGUUGCCGAACGUGGGACAGCUUUCAGUAGUAACUGCUGAAAAGAUUUGUGAAUCAUUGAACGCCAUUUUUGAUUCGCGAAGAUCUGCUUUCGAAACUUCUUACAAGAGGUACAUUUUGGCACAGCUGUUCGAGUCAAACCGUUGGAACUAUUUGCAGCCAUAUACAGUUUAGGAUUUAUCAACUUCUUCGAGUGAGACGUGUAAAAUAGCGAUUUCCACAAGCUGGAAUGCGAAUGGUCGCUACAUCUAGUGGUGAGAACGUUAAUUUUGCGGAACGCGAGCUGGAACACUUGAAGACGGUAUAUUUUGACAGCUGUUUCCUCAAUGUGAAGUUUGAAUUCGCCAAGAUUUAUUAAUCAGCCUUGUGAGAAGGUGCUUUGUGGAAAAGAGACAAUUUACACGAAAUGGUGAGCAAGCUACAGACAUCAUAUAGAAUGCGAGAAAUUUCGAAGGCUGGUUUUACAGAGUAAAUACCAUAAUUGUUACGAAACUAGAGCGCUACUGACCUGUGAAAGAAACUUCAAGGUUCGGGUGGAUUCGUGAAGGUGAAAAGAAAUUGAACUCGUUUGAACGACAAUGUUACCGUCUUCGCUACACUUCGACUUUCGUCGAAUGGUAUAUAUUUUAGCCUUGUUAUGGGUUGUUGUUUUGAGACUCAGUGUUGUCCAUGCUCAGAACGACUCGUCCAUAGUGUCGAACUCACUUUGUAUUCUACAAUGUCCUUCUGGACACCACUGCUUUAACAGUACCGUAGUAACUACGGUCAUAGAGUUGGGUCACAACGGCCAUAUUUGCACAACUGCGGGUGAAUGUUACGGAGAGAGUGACCCGUUAGGAUUUCUUCCCGGGCCAAGACAAAAACCUCAAACAGUUGUGUAUGGAGAUACUGUUGUCAUUAAACCAAAAGAGAUUGGGGUAAAUUUCCUCAAUGUGUCCAGAGACACCUUCCAUAACUGUGACUCAGGUGGACAACUUUUUCAAAAUUUUACUUCAUCUCAAUUCCAAAUUCCAUCAAAGUAUUUAACUCCACCAGGGAUCAAAUAUUUUAUUGCAAAAAAUGAUGAUUUUAGUUGUAGUUUUGGCAUAAGACUUGAGCUAUAUGUGCGCAGUCGUCAACAGCCAAACUGUACGAAUCCAGCCUUGCCAAACCUGGGUGUCUGCAGUGGAGUAGGUCUUUGUAGCAGUGCCAGUCAGACCUUUUUUACCCGUGAUUAUACAUGUGUUUGUUGUGAUGCAUACAAAGGGAGAUACUGCGAGGAACUUGACAGUUGUCACCCAAGUAGAAAUCCAUGUAAAAAUGGUGCAACAUGUACAGAUAUCAAAGAUGGCAUUGCUGAUAGUUUCAAUUGUACGUGUAUACCUGGAUACACGGGAACUUUCUGUGAAACAAAUAUUGAUGAAUGUAGCUCCAGUCCAUGUGUCAAUGGAUUUUGUGUGGAUUACAUCAAUGCUUACUCAUGCUUGUGUGACCCAGGAUUUAAUGGCCCAAACUGUCAUGUUGCCAUUCCAGACCUAUGUGCCAAUAACCCAUGCAAAAAUGGUGGAUCAUGUGAACGAUCUGGAACUAAACGUCAAAACUACACUUGUACUUGUCUCCCUGAUUUUACUGGACGAAACUGCACAGAAAAUGUCACUAGAUCAUCAAGUCUGUCAACCUCUACAAUGCUUUCUAUAACAAGUAUAUCGACAAUUGUGUUUCCUACUUCAUUUAUUGGGAAUUUUAGUUUUGUUAUGCAAAGUGUUUCCUCAUCUGUAGUUCAUGCCACAAGGUUGUCAUCUUCAGUUCCCAAGUCUUUGUCUCAAGGAAGCACAAUGAUUACUGGCACCUCAGUGGUGGGAACAUUGUGGCCAACAGGAUCCCAAAGGAUAUCAUCACUUCCGGGGUCAGUGAUUUCUAGCACUGAAUUAGAAAUAGCACCUUCACCUUCAAUUUCAUCAUUGACUUUUCCACAGUCAGUUUUGAGCACUGCAAUUAAUUCUUCAGUUGAAGGCAUAUUUACCUCAAAUGUAUAUGAAUCAUCUUUAGAAGCCUUCUCCACAUCUGUUGGAACUUUUUCACCAGCUGGCCCCUCCAUGCAGACUAGAAAUAACACUGUUAGUUCAGUUACCAAGUCAAAUGCAAUCAUGGAAAGUGUCGUAACUAAUUCAUCCUUGGCUCCAUCAUUGCACUUGACAUCAUCAUUGCACUUGACGUCAUCCAUGUAUGUGUCUGCAUCUAAUAUAGGACCUGUUUCAUUCUUUUCUUCAUCAUUACCAGCAUCACAAGCAGUUACACUAACCAUCACACUUUCCAGGAGCACCUCUACGCUAUUAGGACCAGAUGCAUCUUUGUUGUCAUCAGUAUUGGCAUCAUCACAAGCAGUGACACCAACCAUUGCAAUUUCCAGGGGCACCUCAACACCAUCAGGACCAGAUGCAUCUUUAUCAUCAUCAUUAUUGGUAUCAUCACUAACAGUGACGCCAACCAUUGCAAUUUCGAGGAGCACCUCAACACUAUUAGGACCAUAUGCAUCUUCGUCAUCAUCAUUAUUGGCAUCAUCACAAGCAGUGACACCAACCAUUGCACUUUCUAGAGAUACCUCAACACUGUUAGGACCAGUUGCAUCAUUUUCUUCAUCAUCAUCCUCAUCAUUACCAACAUCACUGGCAGUGACACCGACCAUUGCACUUUCCAGGAGCACCUCAACACCAUUAGAACCAGAUGUAUCUUUAUCGUCAUCAUUAUUGGCAUCAUCACUAGCAGUGACACCAACAAUUGCACUUUCUAGAGAUACCUCAACACUGUUAGGACCAGUUGCAUCAUUUUCUUCAUCAUCAUCCUCAUCAUUACCAACAUCACUGGCAGUGACACCGACCAUUGCACUUUCCAGGAGCACCUCAACACCAUUAGAACCAGAUGUAUCUUUAUCGUCAUCAUUAUUGGCAUCAUCACUAGUAGUGACACCAACUAUUGCACUUUCCAGGAGCACCUUGACACCAUUAGGACCAGAUGUAUCUUUAUCUUCAUCUUUCUUGGCAUCAUCACUAGCAGUGAUGCCAACCACUGUACUUUCCAGGAGCACCUCAACGCUAUUAGGACCAGAUGCAUCUUUUUCUUCAUCAUCAUCUAUAUUAUUAUUGACAUCAUCACAAGCAGUGACACCAACUGUCAUAUUCUCUGGGAACACUUCAACAUCUUCAGCUCCUUCUAUGGCAUCUCACUUUGAGGUAACGACGCCUUUAGCUAUCACAACAGGCCUUCCAUCAAUGUCUACUGUCUCUUUCAGGUCAACCACUGCAAUAUCUUCGUCAAUGAGUACCUCAUUUGUUUCAUCAUCUGUGGUUCCAACAAUGCCACCCAUUCCAACCACUGUACCUCUGAUUAACCAGACAUGUGUUCAUAAUCCUUGUAACAAUGGAACAUGCUUUAGUGAGCCAUACUUACAGUUUGAGUUCCGCUGUGAAUGUUCUUAUCCAACAGUUGGACCUGUUUGUCGUGGUGUAGCUGAAAGUGAUCUUCACUUCCCAGCUUUUGGAAAGAACUCUUUCCUGGAACACAAGAGUAUAUCAUUUAAUAAUGAAAUCAACAGGAUUGACAUAACAUUCAAGACGAAUGCAUCUGAAGGUCUGCUGCUCUUCGCUGCCGAUUCCAAAAAGCGGGGUGAUUUUAUCCAGCUUCAUGUCACUGGUGGUAAACUUGAGUUCCGAUUUGAUCCUGGUGACAGUUUAGUGUACAUUCAAAGCAACCAAAGAGUGGACACUGGUGAAAUAAUAACAGCAACAGUCACGUAUGAUAGUUCGUCCUCACCACCUUUUGGCACUCUACAAGUUAACAAUGGUGCGCAACUUAUAGGUGUUGUCAAGGGAAGACUCCGGGGAAUACAGUUGUACAAUAACUGGUAUGUAGGAGGUGUCCCACAAGGCUUUGACAUGCGCAGUGAGACAAGAGGUAAUUCCGCCCCAUCAACAUCCUUUGUUGGGUCAAUAAGGGAUGUGCAAGUGAACGGAGAGACAAUAAAUUUAUCAGAUGCUGAAAAUUGGUUCAACAUCAAUGAGGGUGAUAUGCCAGCCUGCCAGAGAAUGCCGUGCCAAAAUAACGGAAAAUGCACAGAAGUUGACGGCAAUGUACUCGAUUACGAAUGUAAUUGCACAGCGGACUAUGAGGGGAGAAAUUGUGAAGUACACAAGGCCUGCAAAUCAGAGAAUUGCAAUGGAGGGGAGUGUAUACCUAAAGAAUCAAAUCCCAACGAUUUCAUUUGUCUGUGUCCUCUGGGUCGAGUGGGUGUGCAGUGUCAAACAGUUAUUGACAUAACAGUUCCAUUGUUCACCAUUGUACAAGGCUUCCCAUCAUAUUUAGAGUACCCAGUACCCAAGGAUGCAGUGAACAGCUUUCACGUGACCUUCCUCUUCAAACUCGACAAUUCGUCAAAAUCUUGGAACGAUAGCCUUUUAGUUUACAGCGCUCAGAAUUCCUUUGUAGGGAGCGGGGAUGACUUUUUUGCAAUUGGAUUGAAAGACAACAAGGUCUUACUGCAAUAUAACGUUGGUAGUGGCAGUGCAAAGAUCUACAGCGAACCAGUGGACAUGCGCAGAGAGUGGCAUGUAGUAGUCUCAGGGCGAGAUGGGCGUCAAGGCUGGCUGUACGUUGACACCCAACCUCGUAAAGAAGGCGAGUCUCCCGCGCCACUUGUGGGACUCAACUUGUUUGAGCCACUUUACAUCGGCGGUAUUCCCAACACACGUCAGCUUCCUAGUACGCUGGAAUUUAAAACCGGAGGAUUUCAUGGUUCUAUAUAUGACGUAGGCAUUAGAUUCGCUAAAGGAACUUCAUUCAUCAAACUUUCAACUUCGACAGGCAUGGCCGACGCAGCUAAUGACUGGGCGGUUGUCAAGGGAAGAAAUGUCGGUAAUGAAAGCUACAACGAAUGUAACACCCUCAACCCGCCAUGCUUCAAUGGAGGAAACUGCACUCAGGAAGGGGCCACAUUUAUCUGUUCCUGUCCAGCGGAAUGGACCGGUUUGUACUGCGGUAAUCAACGCCUGCCAUGUUAUGGUUACAGUCCGUGCGUCAGUGGUUCAUGUCGUCCUGAUGGACUGAACACCAUUUGCGAUUGUCCUUUGGGAAAGACUGGACAAUUUUGCAGUCAAGACAUCAUAAUCCAAACGCCGCGGUUCCAGAAUUUUUCAUACAUGAUGUUUGCCAAGACAAACAUAAGAUCUACCACACAGAUCACGAUCAGAUUUAAACCGGAAACGCUGGAUGGCAUUCUGUUUUAUGUGUCCCAUGAAGAGCAGAGCACGACUGGAGACUUUUUGUCCAUCAUUCUACACAAUGGUUUUGUCAAGUUGAGAUAUGACCUUGGCAAGGGCGUCGGCGAGGCAGUGAGUAACGUUACAGUCAGUCUGAACACGUGGUACACGGUCAAGGCCAUACGAAAUGCAAAAAAUGGAAGUUUGGCUAUCAAUGAUGGUAACCCUGUGUACGUUACUUCGCCUGGGUCGGCUGUUGCUCUCGACGUUCGGUCCAAUUUCUACUUGGGAGGGGUUCGCAAGUUGUCCAAUGUCAAUCCUAGAGCUGUGGACAACGCGGCGUCCUUUGUACAAGAUUUUUCUGGCUGUAUUGAUUAUUUUGAGGUGAAUGGAAUCCUAUAUUUUCAGCCGAAUACUGCUCCAGUAGAAGGAAGAAAUAUUGCUAACUGCCCCGAACAGCAAGUUGCUUAGAUUCAAGUCCUGCUAAGGGAAUGGAAAUUGCCAUGCCGUCCCAGAGGGAGCUAAUCAAAUCUGAUUUUGUACGUCAUUUGAUGUUCAGUGAAAUAUCCGAGUUCCUGUUCCUAACCGAUAUAAACAGCUGUUAUUGUUUGAUUCAUAACUUGAUUCCGAAAAAAGAAUUGCUGUCAAUCUCCGAUGAACGUUUUUUUUUUAUCUUCGUAAGUGACAGUGAAGAAGCCAAUCAAAUGAAAUCUUAUCUUCACUCGAGGAAACCAAUGUCGAUAAACUAGGCACAACGUACGAAAAGUGUCGCAUUAGCGAGAAAUGGAACUGCACGUGCGAGAGACAAGCGCGUUGCGUGACACGAGAAGGCUUUCAAGAAGCUAAAUAUAACUUAUUGACAGUCUCAAGGGUUUAUGGUAUAGUUGUGACUGUAGUGAAACCAGUCGUGACACAUUCUGUUGUCAACUUUACGGGAUCACACAAUUGUUAUCUGUGUAAUGACUUCCUCACGAAAGAAACCUUGUGAUCUUAAUCAAUGAUGGAGGUUGCUUCGUCAGUACCAGUAUCGAAAUUAGCCGUGGAGCACAAAAUUUUCUUGAAAUGUUAUAUGCGCUAUGUUGAGUUAUGGCUGUAAAUGCUCUGAAAUCCUGUUUGAAGUUGAACGUAUAAGGAAAAGAAAUUCAAUCGUAUAAAACUUGGCAUCGAUUAGAUCCGAAAAAAAAUCCAGGUUAAACUCCAGCGAAGUAACAUUAUUUGGAACCUUCCCAACUAACUCAGUUCAGACUGGAGUCUUUAACCCCUUAAAAUCUCGAUUGUCGAUUGCCUUCUAAAUUUGGAGGAAAGGCAUAUGACUAUAGGGGCUGUUUAUUCCAUGUAUUGCUGAGAUCAUGGUGCUGUAGAGCCUAAAGCAACAUUAUGAUCGUACAGUGUGAUUUAAACCGUGAUUGAUGGUGCCAUUUUUUCAUUGUAUAAGAAUUACCUCGAUUACGUUUUAAAAAUAUUAAUAUAUGAAGAAUACAUUGAAUAGCUUGCCAGUUUACUACAAUUGUACAUAAUUUUUAUUCAGUUGUACAUACAGAUGGUACGUAGCAAUAAAUUUUUUUCUUAGUCGACUAAAAUUAAGAGUAAUCGAGUUCAUGUUUCGAGCCCCCCGAAAUAAAGUUUCACAU